CGGUUUUUUUCAGUGUGCGUUAGGUGAUUUAAAAAAAUAUUAGGAAGUGAAUCACGUUUGUUAUUUGUCGCUGAAAAUCGCUCGCACUUUGCUGCUGGAGUUGUGGUGAUUUUUUUUUGUGGCAACAAUCAAAAUAUUUUAAAUAGUAAUUUGUAAUUAUUUAUUAAAUCAAAAAGUUAUAAAAGUUGUCUGAAUAAAAAAUGAAUAAAUUAUCGAACAUUUUUCAACCGUCUUUAAUAAUCCCAAAAAAUGCAAUUAUUAAAAAUCAAGACGUAACAUCUAAAAGUCAGCGUCUGAUGCUCGAACAAGGUCUCAUCCGCCCGGCAGGCAAUGGUACCUUCUACAUUCUGCCGCUAUUACAACGGUCAGUUCGGAAAGCAAUCGACCUAGUGGAUCAUUUUAUGCAGCACCACGUCGAAGCGGAAAAAUUGACACUGCCCAUACUUACAUCGGCCGAGUUAUGGCAGAAGAGUGGACGCCUCGAGACGGCUGGCGGUGAACUUAUGAGCAUCACCGAUCGCCAUGGGAAGCAGCAGAUCCUAGGACCGACGCACGAGGAAAGCAUUACCGCUCUGUUGGCUGCAAUUUCACCGGUUUCAUAUAGACAAUUUCCUUUGCGAUUGUACCAGAUAUCAUCCAAAUUUCGAGACGAGAUGAAACCCCGCUUUGGGUUGUUGCGGGCUAAGGAAUUCCUCAUGAAGGAUUUGUAUACCUUUGACGUGGGAUUGAACGAAGCACGACGGACGUACGAUCAAGUGAACGACGCAUACCGCAAAUUGUUCGAUGCAGUAGGAGUUCCUUUCGUUAAGGUGAGUGGAGAUACGGGGGUCAUGGGGGGUUCCAUUUCACAUGAGUAUCACUUCCCUAGUGACGUCGGUGAAGAUCAGCUUGUGUGCUGUAGUGCUUGCGGGAUGGGUUGCAACCAGGAGCUGUUCAAUGGUGGACAGAUUUGCGUACAGUGUGGAAGUGAGAACAUUGUACGACAGGCUGGAAUUGAAGUGGCUCAUGCAUUUAUUUUAGAAGAUAAAUACAGUAAAACACUGGGAGCAACAUAUUUACACCAAAAUGGAAAACCCAAGACGCUGCAAAUGGGUUGCUACGGAAUAGGGAUUACCCGGUUACUCGCUGCUGGUGUUGAGGUACUUUCCAGCGAGACGGACAUUCGAUGGCCAUCUGUCUUUGCACCAUUUAAAGUAUGUUUUAUUCAGCCUAAGAAGGGAAGCAAAGAAGAGACGCUGGUAGAACCGUGGCUGCUUAAAUUGACUAAUGAAGUAAGUAAGCUUCCGGGAGUUGGAUCGGAUUUCGUGGUUGACGAUAGAACUAAUCUAACAAUAGGAAAAAGAUUAAUGGACGCCAAGAAAAUUGGAUAUCCAAUCGUAGUUGUAUUAGGCUCCAAGGCAGCUGAAAGAGGGAACGAACACUUCGAGGUUCAUAGUCAAACGGACGAAACUCAAAAACUUUUAAACUUUAGCGAAACAGUUAAGGAGAUAGAAAGGAAUUUAAAUAGAAUUGUAAAAUUUUCAGUAUGAUAGUAUCUACAUCAAUGUAUUAAGAAAUAAACUGAUUUCCGUUAGAAA